AUGUCACCGUCUUCACCCCGAAUCAUCUUCUAUAACGCUGAGGUAUCUCGCUUCGGUCACAGGGUCUGGCUCGCGCUCGAGCAAAUCAACGCGAACUACACGGUCCACCCCGUCGAUUUGUUCGUCCCCCGGCCAGAGUGGUACACGCGCAACCUCAGCCCUACCGGCCUCGUCCCGGCGAUCGCCUUCGACGUCCCCGAAGGCUGCUCGCCCGCAGACCUCCCCGCUAGCACGAUUCGCAUGAACGAGUCCCUGCCCAUCCUCGAGUUCCUCGCCGACGCGCUCCCGGCCGCGAACCUCUUCCCCGCGGACAUCGUCGCGCGCGCGCGCGUCCGCGCGUUCAUCUCGCGCUUCGAGGCCGGCUUCGCCAAGGCUUUCGAAGCCGUGCUGUUCAGGGGAGAGCACCCGCAAGCGCUCCUCGACGCUCUCGCGCAGUACCAGGACGAGCUCGUCGGGGUGCAGCGCCGCUUCGCGGACGAGCCGACGGGCAGCGAGGGCGGGUUCGUGUUCGGGGAGUGGUCGAUGGCGGAAAUCGCAGCGGUCCCGUUCCUCGUGCGCGCCCUGAUGUGCCUCGAGCACGACAUCGGGAAGUAUCCCGCCGGAGAGGGCAGGAAGGUGUGGGAGGAAUAUGCUAGCAGCGAGAAGUUUGCGCGGAUGAGGAAGUAUAUGGUGGACGUGUCUGCUCGUCCCGCGCUCAAGGUGACGUGGAAAGUUGAGGAGCAGUUACCCAUAUGGUCACAGUUCCCGAUUUUCAAGCGUGACAGCGCAUGA